GUGGCAUCACAAGCCAAGCAAUUGGCAAGGAGGUCCCAGCUUGGAGGAGUGGGAACGACAUGGCAUCAACUUCAUUCCAAUGGUAUGGGGAGCUGGUGCAAAUCACUUGGACAGAGCUGUUGAAGAUGGCUUGCCCAGAGAGAAACGUGCCUUGCUGGGAUUCAACGAGCCAAACUUCCCAGAGCAAGCAAAUCUUUCUCCCCAGAAGGCAGCAUCAUUGUGGCCUUUAGUCGAAGAGUUGGCAAGGAAUGCCAGCAUCAACUAUAUUGUGAGCCCUGCCGUGAACUUUGCAGCAUACGACCCAAUCCAGUGGCUCCAAGAGUUCUUCGGAAAUUGCACCGGAUGCAAGGCGCAAACAUGCGCACACUGCAUGAAAACAUGGAUGUUCGAGAUUGCUCGAGCAAUCUCCAGCAAUCUCCAGCACAUGGAGGCCAAUCUCAUUUAG